AUGGCAGAAAUUAAAUAUGUUAGUCAUAUAGUUAAGUUUCCUAAGACUAUAGUGGGUUACUUCAAGCAGGCAUGUUGGGAAAUACCUGAAAUUAUGGGUGCGUCAGCCCAUGGACUAGCUGGACUCCUAAUGGGUACUAUAGGUCUUUAUAAUAUUAUUAAAAAUGAUGGUAAUAAUCCAGAAUACAAAAAAUUGUACAUGAUAAUGCGACCAGAUGACCCUAGGACAAAAAGACUUAAAAAUCCCGUGUACACGAAAUAUAGAAAGUAA